AUGAUAGGUAGUAAGGUGUUGGACAUGGCUAGUUUGACUACCUGUUCCAAGAACCACAUGGAAUCCAUCAUCUUUGACAGAAGACUUUAAUGCAUUAGUGAUGAAGACGGUGCUCACUACUCUUGUAAUAUUCCAGAGUGUAAGCAACUCAGCACUUGAAGUCAAUGGCCCAAAAUGACUCUGCUAGAGGAGACUCACUUCCGUAAGGAGAAAGACCGGGCCACAGGCUGGGAUGAGCAUGCCACUGCACCAGAUCUCUGCCAUCCCUUCUCAGGACGCCACUUCCACUAGAGUGUUCAGAAGCAAGACCAAAGAUAAGGAGUGGGAGCAGAAUGAGAAGACUUUGGGACAUUCCAUGAGUCAUCCAAGCAACAUUUCUAAGGCUGGGAGUAGUCCUCCAUCCACGACGGCUCCAGUGUCCUCCUUCUCUCGCACUUCUGCCACACCAUCCAACCAGGACAUCUGCAGUUCCAGUGCAGUGUUUUCUGAGUGUUGUCACUACAGUCCCGUGCAGUCUGCUGUUGUCUUGAAAGCUCCAUGCCAGAGUUCUCUGACACAAGGGCUCACUGUGACAGUUAUCUGUAAAGACACAUUACAGGCAUCAAAGAGAAAUCCCUUUGGUUCAGCCUGGGACCAAGCUUUGAGGCCUGCUAAGAAUACAAAGGCCAGAAGAGCCCUCAGAAUCUCCAAGUCACUAAGUGAUGUGGGUGAGAAGACCCAGGGUACUUUGGAAAGCUUUGACUAUAUGGAAAGAACUUGUUCUGAAGGGAAACUGGUGCUUCCUCAAGGUCCAGCCCUGCAAAAGAACAGGCUCCGUCAUAAAGCAAAAAGAGCAGAGCACUGCCCACCCCUCAACCAUUCCAAACACUCCCAUGUCGUAUCCCUUUCUACCAACCAUUCAGCUGCCUCAAAGAGGGAAGUUGGCAAGGGGAGUGUACGCAUCCCACUUUUGGAGGAGAAAGCUGAUGGUGAGGCCAGGUUAAGAAGCCAGAGACUGCUCCGGUACCUGUUCUCACUCUCUCGUGGCUCGAGUGCCAGUAGCCUGCAUAGGUUCCAUGAGCUGGAGAGCCAUGCCAGCCAUUUGCACACUGCCAAGUCCUCCAGCUGGCUGGCAGGGAGCACGGACUUCUGUUCUGAUGAAAUGGGAGAUGACGACGUCUUUGAGGAUACAUCAUCUGCCAAACUGAAGAGCAGAGUCCUGCGUGCACCCCUCUGCUCAGUAGAGAAGGACAGUGACCUGGAUUGUCCUUCUCCGCUCUCUGAAAAAUGCACCCCCAUCUCUCCUGUGUCCACCUCAGGGGAUGCCUGCAGGAUCUGCCACUGUGAAGGAGAUGAUGAGAGCCCUCUGAUCACCCCCUGUCACUGUACAGGAAGCCUCCAUUUUGUACAUCAGGCUUGCCUGCAGCAGUGGAUCAAGAGUUCUGACACACGCUGCUGUGAGCUCUGCAAGUACGAGUUCAUCAUGGAGACCAAGCUGAAACCUUUGAGGAAAUGGGAGAAGUUACAGAUGACUUCCAGUGAGCGAAGGAAGAUCAUGUGCUCAGUAACAUUCCAUGUCAUUGCUAUCACCUGUGUGGUCUGGUCCUUGUAUGUGCUCAUUGACCGUACUGCAGAGGAGAUCAAGCAGGGUCAGGUGACAGGAAUCCUAGAGUGGCCUUUCUGGACUAAACUGGUAGUUGUGGCCAUUGGUUUCACUGGAGGACUUCUUUUUAUGUAUGUUCAAUGCAAGGUAUACCUACAAUUAUGGAAAAGACUCAAGGCUUAUAAUAGAGUGAUCUAUGUUCAAAACUGUCCAGAAACAAGUAAAAAGAAUAUUUUUGAGAAGUCUGCACUAACAGAGCCCACCCUGGACAAUAAAGAAGGACAUGGAAUGUGUCAUUCCACCACAAAUUCUUCUUGCACAGAGCCUGAAGACACUGGAGCAGAGAUCAUUAACGUCUGACAGGGUGGAGGGUGUCAGUGCCCUGAUGUCCACAAAGAGCCGAAGGAAUUUGUUUACUGCCAAUUGUGUUCCUUCCUUCUGUCAUUUAAUAGCAUAGACUGGGCAGGUGACUAUUGAUAGUGGCCUCUGUUUUUCUCAACCUUCCUUGGUGUGAAAAUCCUAGAGUUCCUGUGGGGCAGAUGCCACUGGUCCCAUUCUGCCAGGUUCUUCUGUGGGUUGGGAAGGUGGGAAGAUACCACGUAACCACAAGAGGAGCCGGCUGAGUUCCGGGCCUGGUCUUGAGCAGAAUAAGGAAGUAAAAAGCUAAACCAGGGGGCGGAGCAGCAUGGGGGAGACUGGUGGUGAGAGAAUCCCCAGAGGACAGAGCAGUGAGGGUCAGGGAGGGCUGCUGCAGGUGGGAGGGCUCCCUGCUCACCGACACGAGCUAGGAGACGGAGGGAACAGUGCCUACACGCAAACCCCUGCCUCGCUCGGCUGAUGCUGCCACAUUGCUCUGGGGUGGGUAAGGCCUUGGGGCCUGUGUCUGUUGGUGUGUGACUCACUGAGCAAACAGCACUUUAUGAAAGUUUUUAUUUUGUAAUUCCUGUGUCUAGUGGGCGUGGCACUUAAAAGAAUGUCACAUUUAGACAUGUUCUCUUUAUUGCCCCUCUUAUCUCUUUGCAUCAGAAUUGAUUUGAAACCAUUUCUGCCUUAUAUAUUAUGAAUAGUAGGAUGUCUUUCCAUGUCCAGAAAAGACUCGCGACUUCAAGCAGGACAGACAAGUCUGAGAUAUUUCUCCUUAACAGUGUCCAUGGGAGGUAAUGGAUGUUAAGGACAUACUCUUUGAUUUUGAGCCUGUUUGCGGACAAACCCUAGCUUACAAGCCCACUCAUACAUUUCUGUUUUGUCAAUGUUGAAAUGAAAGGAUUUUGAGAUCUAAUGGAUGUGAGUCAAGCUGAGUAUUUAGAGAAUCCCCCUUUGACUGACAGAAGUCUCCAGAUGGAGUGGACACACACUAUGAACACCCCUGUGAGCCACCUCAGCUUCCCACAGAGCUGACCAAGUUCUUUGGAGUCAGCUCUGGGAUGAGGUCUUGGCAUGAGCAGUCAACUGUCACAGGCCAUUGCAUCAUGGGCUGGGCCACACCCAUUCAUCGCCUUAACCAGACCUGACAGGAUCAUUUAGGGUCCUUAGGGCCACAUGUGAUCCAUUCUGUCAUCGGGGUUACUCCUGCAACAUUUUUCACAAGACAGACAAAGCCAAAUCACUACCAUUAAAUGGCCUUUGUCCCUUUAGAAAGUCUGCUGAAUAUUUUUUCUUGAAGGCCAUUGUCACAGCAAUAGUCAACUCACAAUGUGACAAGAGGGAUCCCAGAAGUGUACUCUCCCAAGUGGCCGCUGUUGGCGACAGGGUCUUCAGAGCCUCCUGAGGUGAGAGGGGUGGUGUCUGGGGGGGCCUGGGCUUUGCUGCUUUUCCUGACUUCUUCAGAGGCUGAAGAUGCCAACGAUGGAUCUUUUGUGGUUCCCAGUAGAAGCCCUGUGCUUGGUUUGCAGGGGCAGGCUUUGUUCUGUUACCCCUUAUCUACUCUCUGGGGUCAUGGGGUUCAGUCAUAGAGCUGUUUUGCCAGGGAUUUCAGCCAUUAUCCAAUCAGCCCACCCCUUAGGUUAGCUUGCUCUCUUUCCCAGACCACACAAGCCUCCCUGUGCUCACUAUGCCCCAAAGUGCAAUUACUCACAUAGCUUCUCAGUCUGGGGACACCAGGAAGCUACAGACGCCCAUUAGGGAGCCCUGCUGAUACCAUUCAGCAGCUGCUGCAGCUGAGUCCCUAAUCCUGUCCAUCUGUCCCUGAAGCAAUGCUCACCCAACAGUGGGUGGGUAAUCACAUGAACAUGGAGAUUGUUUGAAGUAUAAAGUCUCAACCAGCCACUGAGGCUUCUGUAGAGAGGACAUUGGGGGUAGCCCCUGCACAGCUGCCCCAGGGGCCUUAUCCCACACAUAGAUAAGUUACUUUAGAACCAUGGCUUUCAUGGUGUUCUCUUCAUUUCAGGAAGGCCUAACUCCAUCUCUUCUCUGGCUACUCUGAUGAAGUCUGUCUUCGUCCUUCUUCCCUUCCCAGCUACCCUUUGCUCAUUUUUCCUAUUGGUGCUCUGAUGUAGCAAAUAGCUGUACCUAUUGGCAACUCAAUGCAGGAGACCGGCAAAGCUCUGGGUCUGCCCAGACUCCCCUAUUCCUUGUCUGGUUUCUUUCUGAGUAUUUUUGCAGGGUUUAUCUGUCUACCCAUUUCUCCUCAAUUUGAGCCUGAAUAUAGUGGAGAUCUAGGAUGAGCCUCGGGGACAGGAGGGCUUGUGGGUCAAAUGAAGGAGAAGGAGGUAGUCUCAGGGUGUCACUGUUAGCCCUCUCUCUAACCUAACCUUUACCUCCAUGUGUCAUGGACCCAUUGGCACACACCUUUGACUUUAGUUACCACAAGUAAGUGGGUGGGAGUUGUGCCCAAGUUCAUUGCAAGGAUUUCCUGGAAAUGUUGUGACUUUCUCAUCUUUCUCCAGGUCUCUCUGUUUCUCCUUUCUGGCUUUAGCACACUCUUUAGUCAUGCAGGCCUAGUUUCCAAACCUAUGGGUGUCUCCACCUGGACUCAGAUGUGCCGACCUCAGGCAGUGCAGGAGGGACAGUUCAAGGCCUUGGACAGGCGGCCAAAGGCUGGAUGGGCAGGGUGAAGAGCUAUAAUUUUGUGGGUGUGAUUAGAUGCAUUUGCAUGUUUGAAAUACCACCUCACCAAAUCUGGUUUGAGAUAAUACAGGUUUUAUCUGUAGCCUAAGAAAAGCCCAAAGCAUAGGGAGAGGAAGGCGUUUGUCUUUGCGUUGGAAGUGAUUGACAAAGAUGUGUGAUUGGCACACAUUUAGAUGCAAUGUUUAAGAUUGUUAAUAAAAACCAAAUUUACACUGGUGUGUGUAGUGUAGUUUCUAAAAAGCACUUCACAUUUUAAACUUUUCUUAGAAAAUUUCUAGUAAUCUGAAUGUCUAAUUUUUUAACCCUUUUGUGUAUGUUCACUGUUCCUCAGUAUUACUGCUUGAAUAAUUCUAUGUACAGGGGAUUUGUUUGUGCUAUACCCGGGGCAUCUAAAGGUAGCAAUAAAGCUUUUCUUUACAAAGAAA